AUGGAUAACGGGUUUGAAUUGGGUGCUUGGGUGCAAAAACUUUACAUGUUGUCCACUUCUGAUCAUGCAUCAGUUGUGUCAAUGAACCUCUUCGUGGCCCUCCUCUGCGGAUGCAUUGUUAUUGGCCAUCUGCUGGAGGAGAAUCGUUGGAUGAACGAAUCAAUCACAGCCCUUAUCAUUGGUUUAUGUACUGGAGUGGUUAUAUUGUUGAUGAGUAGGGGCAAGAGCUCACAUCUACUGGUGUUUAGUGAGGAUCUGUUCUUCAUAUAUCUUCUUCCUCCUAUCAUAUUUAAUGCUGGAUUCCAGGUGAAGAAGAAACAAUUUUUCCGUAACUUCAUCACUAUAAUGUUGUUUGGAGCUUUUGGUACACUUAUUUCAUGCGCUGUCAUAUCCACGGGUGUCAUGUUAUUCUUUAAGAACCUGGAAAUUGGCUACCUGGAUAUUAGUGAUUAUCUAGCAAUUGGUGCAAUAUUUGCUGCAACAGAUUCUGUUUGCACAUUGCAGGUGCUAAGUCAAGAUGAGACGCCACUACUUUACAGUUUAGUAUUUGGAGAAGGUGUAGUGAAUGAUGCUACUUCAGUGGUGCUUUUCAAUGCCAUUCAAACCUCUGAUCUGACAACUACUGAUCCAACAAUUGCUUUACACUUCAUUGGAAGUUUCUUGUACUUAUUUCUUGCGAGCACCCUGCUUGGGGUUGUGACUGGACUUCUCAGCGCUUUUAUAAUCAAAAAGUUAUACUUCGGAAGGCACUCUACAGAUCGUGAAGUUGCGCUUAUGAUUCUCAUGGCAUAUUUAUCAUAUAUUCUAGCCGAACUAUUCUAUCUGAGUGGAAUUCUCACUGUAUUUUUUUGUGGAAUCGUGAUGUCUCAUUACACCUGGCACAAUGUGACUGAGAGUUCAAGAAUCACUACGAAGCAUGCUUUUGCAACUCUGUCGUUUGUUGCUGAGACUUUUAUCUUCCUCUAUGUUGGCAUGGAUGCCUUGGACAUUGAGAAGUGGAGGUUUGUGAGUGAGAGUCCCGGGACUUCAGUUGCAGUGAGUUCGACACUUUUGUGCCUAGUUUUGUUAGGGAGAGCAGCUUUUGUGUUUCCUUUAUCUUUCUUAAUUAACUUAACGAAGAAAUCUCGGAAUGAACACAUCACCUUUGGGCAACAAGUGAUAAUAUGGUGGGCGGGACUCAUGAGGGGUGCUGUAUCUAUGGCCCUCGCUUAUAAUAAGUUCACGAGAUCUGGGCAUACUGAACUACGACCGCAUGCAAUAAUGAUUACCAGCACUAUAACUGUUGUUCUCUUCUCGACAAUGGUAUGUGGUCUAAUGACACAGCCUCUUAUAAGACUUCUGCUACCACAUCCGAAACAGUCGAGCAGCGCUGCGUCGUCCAGUUCUAAUACUCCAAGGUCAGUGAGGGUACCGCUCCUCGGGCAUCAACAGGACUCUGAAGCUGAUUUGAGUGACGAACAUCCACCUACUAGUCUACGCAUGCUUUUAACAACACCUACUCACACUGUGCAUCGCUGCUGGCGAAAGUUCGAUGACGCGUUCAUGCGACCAGUGUUUGGUGGACGAGGGUUCGUUCCUUUUGUUCCCGGUUCACCGACUGAACAGAAUCCACAUUGA